AAAAAUGAGAAUUUUGCCCAAAUUCCAUUCAUUUCUUUACAUUUCUAACGCAGAAAAUUGGAUUCUUCAGCCGUUCAAGUCGCAACGGAUGCAUGUUUCAAUACACCGCAAAUCUCCAACCACUCAUCCAUCCAAGGAAAUUCCAGUCUCCGAAGAAACCCACAUGAAAAAACCAGAGACAGAGACCAAAGACACGACCUCCCUCUUUCAUACGAUUUCAGAGAUUGUAGGCACUGAAAAUCUCGGCAUUGACAGAAAUUCGUCUGAAAUUCCAAUCUUUGAAGAAACCCACGUCAGAAUUCCUAAGAUAAGGCCCCAACGUGUGAUCAGCACUCUACCUGUUUGUGGAAAUACCCAAGAGAGCAUGGGGCAUGCAAAAAAUCUCAGAGGCCAAAAGAACUGUCGAUCAGAUGGGUUUGUUUCUGAAAUGUCGAUAUCCAGAAAAUCCCACCUCAGAAAUCAGAAGAAACGGCGACGACACGUUGGCACCCCACCUGUCAAUGAAAAGAUCAAAGAGACUACACGAACUGAAAACAACGUUGGAAACAUGAGAAAACAUCUCUUCGAGGGAUCUAUAUGUGAAACAUCGGUAUCUGAAAAUAAGAUAGGGAGCCAAAGUGUAGGAAUCCCAUCUGUUUGUGGAAACGAUGCUGGACAGAAAAAGAAUCCUCCAUCUGAAGAAAUUGUAUGUGAAAGUUCAGUGUCGGACACAACCCACUUGGGAAAUCAAUUGGUAGAAGAUAUAAGCCCUGUUGUUCAUAGGAUUACAGAGAUUGUACGAGCCGAGAACCCUCAAAUUCCUAUGGAGAAAUGUUUAGAGAAUUCGAGCCUUUAUUUGAAUUCAGAGAUUGUGGAGAAAGUGCUGAAGAGAUGCUUUAAAGUAGGACAUUUAGCUCUUCAGUUCUUCAAUUGGGUCAAGCUCCAGCAUGGGUUUUGCCACACGACGGAGACUUACAAUACCAUGAUUUACAUAGCUGGAGAGGCAAGAGAUUUUGAUUUGAUGGAGAAAUUGGUAGAGGAAAUGUGUAUGGAAUCCUGUCCGAAGAACAUUAACACCUGGACGAUUCUAAUCUCUCAUUAUGGGAAGGCAAAAAUGACUGGAAACGCAUUGUCAGCCUUUGAGAAGAUGAGGAAAUCCAGUUGUGAACCUGAUGAGGCAGCUUACAAAUCGAUCAUUAAUGCCCUUUGUAACGUGGGAAAAGCCGAGCUAGCUAUGGAAUUUUACAAGGAGAUGGUUUCUAAGAACUUGAGCAUAGACAGGAAGUUGUGUAGUAUUCUUAUGUGUUGUCUAACGGGAGCAGGAGAUAUAGAAGCGAUUCAUACAGUUGGGGAUGAUAUGAUGAAGAUUGCUGAGAUUCCGGAAAAUGAAGUUUAUACUUGUAUUCUGAGGAGCUUUUGUUUGUCUGGGAGGAUGAAUGAAGCUCUGCAAUGGAUUGAUGAGCUUAAAGACAAAAGCCCAAUGUCCGAGCCUGAAAAUCUCAAAGUUCUGGUGAAAGGGUUGUGUCGGGCAGGCAGAGUUGAUGAUGCUUUGGAAAUCAUUAACGCUACAGGGCAUAACUCUGUUGGAGAUGGGAAGGUUUAUGAGGCCAUUCUCAAUGGGUACUUGAGAAAAGACAAUUUUUCUAAGGCCUUUGAAGUGCUGAGUACUAUGAAAGAAUCCGGGUUCUUGCCUACAGUGUCGACUUACACUGAUAUGAUCCAGCAUCUCUUCUGUUCAAACGAGUAUGAAAAAGCUUGUGAGAUUUAUAGGCAGAUGUUGGGAAAUGGAAUUGAGCCAGAUGCUGUGGCGAUCACGGCCAUGGUCGCAGGGCACGUGCAGAACGGCCGCAUUUCCGAAGCAUGGGAAGCUUUUGAUGGUAUGAAGAGGAAAGGCAUUGGGCCAACUCGGAAAGCUUAUUCAGUAUUCAUUAAGGAGCUCUGUAAAGCUUCUAAAACAGAGGAGGCUUUCAGCCUUUUGAAUGAAAUGUGGGAUUUGAAGAUAAAUGCCAGUCACAAAGUAUUUCAUUUGGUUUCAUCUUCUUUACAACAGAAAGGGGAAUUGGAGAAAGCUGGGCGAGUCAAGUGGAUGUUUAGAUCCUUUGAACUUAAUAAUCAAGAUGACAAACUAGAAGAUCUAUCCAUCGAUCAUCAUCAUUCCUGCAAUGGGACCCACGAUGUUUUCAGUACACUACCUGAGAAACCGUAUUACUCAGUGAAGCAGGACCUGGACUUCAACCAAGUACAGCCAGCAAGGACUGAUAUUAGUGUAAUGGACCCACCGAAAAAAGGUUACAGCUGCCAUGAUCUUGAUGAAGUAUGUAGAAUCUUGUCUUCUUCAAAAGAUUGGUGGGCCAUGCAAGAAGUCUUGGAGAAGAGCACAGUUCAUUUCACACCAGAAUUCGUCCUGGAGAUUCUCCAUAAUUGUCAGAAACAUGGUUAUGCCGCUUUGCAGUUUUUCUCAUGGGUAGGACAGCGAUCUGGCUACAAGCACACAUCAGAAACCUACAACAUGGCUAUCAAAAUCUCCGGCGGCGCGAAAGAUUUUAAGCAUAUGAGGAAACUCCAUCUUGAGAUGAGAAGAAAAGAGUGCUUGGCAACUUCAGAUACGUGGACCAUCAUGAUCACCCAAUACGGCCGGGCUGGCCUGACUGAGAUUGCUCUAAAGAAAUUUGAAGAGAUGAAGGUUGAAGGGUGUAAACCAAAUGGAAGCACAUACAAGUAUUUGAUCAUUUUUCUCUGUGGAAAGAAAGGCCGGAAGGUAGAUGAAGCGGUCAAAAUAUUCCAAGAGAUGAUGUGUGUCGGACAUGUACCAGAUAAAGAACUGUGUGAGAUCUAUCUCUCUUGUUUAUGCGAAGUGGGGAGGUUGUUGGAUGCUAGAAGAUGCUUUGAAUCUCUAUGCAACAGCGGGUUUGCAAUUCAAACAAGCUAUUCAUUGCUUGUUAAAGCUCUUUGCCGAGCUGGGAGACUGGAGGAGGCUCUCGCAUUAGAAGGCACCCAGGGAUUAACAGUAGAUCGAUAUAUUUAUGGGAGUCUAAUUCAUGGACUUCUACGUGGAGGGCGGUUGGACGAAGCCUUGGAGAAAAUUGAUGCAAUGAAACGAGGUGGGAUUGUUCCAACCGUUCAUGUUUACACAUCAUUGAUAGUGCAUUUUUUCAAGGAGAAGCAGAUUGGAAAAGCUCUGGAAAUGUUUAACCAAAUGGUAGAGGACAGCUGCGAACCGACUGUGAUCACUUACUCUGCAUUGAUUCGUGGGUAUACAAUGGAGGGGAGGAUUUCUGAAGCUUGGAAUGUCUUCCGUCGGAUGAAAUUGAAAGGACCAUUCCCUGAUUUUAGAACUUACUCGAUGUUUGUAACUUGUCUUUGUAGAAUUGGGAGAUCGGAAGAAGCGUUGCAGCUCAUCCAUGAAAUGUUGGAUAGUGGAAUUCUCCCAAGCAGUAUUAACUUCAGGACCGUGUUCUAUGGCCUAAACAGAGAAGGUAAGCAAGAUUUAGCCCGUACUGUAUUAGAAACUAAGUGGGCCCUCGCAAGGAAAAGAAAGUUCUGCACAUGAAUCCUCUUUUGAUUAUUCUGAUUUCUAUUCAGUUC